UCGUCAUAUACAGCGACUGUCGUCCUUCUCAAAAUUUUUAUAGAACUUCAGCUUUUAGUGUUUUAUAAAUAUUGGAACUUUUGAAUUAAAAAUAAUCAAUGUACCUAAUAAUGGGUGCCAUAAAUAAAUUAAGGAUGCCAAUUUAAUCUUCGUAAUCACAAAUGGCUGCGGAGACCCUUCUAAAAACGAGCAAGUAUUCAAAGUAUACGUAUAGGCAAAUUGUGUAUCAUAGAUUUUUUGUCGGGCUUCUAUUAUUUAUCUUGAUAUCAUUAGUAUUAACGGUAGUGUUUAAUCUUUUCGCGGGAAGUGCGCCUCAUGCUGAUAUUUAUGAGUCUGUGAAUUUGGAAGCAUUGAGUCUACCAAUUCGUAAUAUUGUGAGUAGAUCGAGAUCUGCCGAUCCACGCUGGACGAACUGCACUUACUGGCAUUGUUUUAAUGUUUACAAAUGUGGACGAAGAGGUCACAACAAGAUAACCAUAUAUAUAUAUCCCUUAACAGAAUACAGGAAUGAGAAUGGGAAGGCUAUUUCUCAUUUUUCUAGAGAGUUUUAUGAAAUUUUAAGUACAAUAAAACGUAGUAAAUAUUACACCCCGAAUCCAGAAGAUGCCUGCCUCUUGGUGCCUAGUAUAGAUACAUUAAAUCAGAUAGGUUUUUCUAGUGAAUAUGUUUCCAAAGCUCUGCAGUCACUCGAGCAUUGGAACAAUGGAGAAAAUCACCUUAUAUUUAAUAUGGUGGCGGGAGUGUCGCCGAAUUAUAAUACAGUUAUUGAUCUCAACACCAGCAAAGCUAUUAUAGCAGGAGCUGGCUAUGACACUUGGACAUUUAGAUACGGUUUUGAUAUAUCCAUACCCCUAUACAGUUAUAUAGCACAAAGAAUAAAUAGCUCUCAGCCCAAACAAAAGAGUUUUAUGAUAAUAUCCUCACAAACAAACAUACCUAGCGAUUAUCUAGCUCAGCUACAGAGUAUAGCGUCUUCAUCAAAUGAUUUACUGCUUCUAGAUAGAUGCAAAGAUGCUAGCACCGAUUAUACUAAACGUUGUGAAUAUACAACGGGCAAAAUGUUUGAUUAUCCGGAUGUAUUAAAGGAGGGUAUGUUUUGUCUUGUGGUACGAAGUGCGAGGCUCGCUCAGCCAGUAUUGAUGGAUGUGAUAGCAUCACAGUGCAUACCCAUCAUUAUAGCAGAUGCAAUAAUUAUGCCGUUUAAUUCACAUAUAGAUUGGAAUAAAAUAGCAUUGUUUGUACCCGAAGAGAAUAUAAAGAAUUUGGUACGGAUAGUACAUUCAGUGAGUAAGGAACGAAAAGGUGAAAUGUAUUGGCAGUUGCGUUGGGUUUAUGAGAGAUAUUUCUCUAGCAUAGAGAAGCUUACGUUGACUACUCUGGAGAUAAUCAACGAGAAAGUCUUUCCGUUGUCAGCUAGGAUGUACGAAGAUUGGAACGUUCCUGAACAUUUGUACGGGCCAGUCAACCCGCUGUUCUUGCCGGUGACCGCGCCCAAGUCCCCGGGCUUCACCGCUGUCAUCCUGACCUAUGACCGGGUGGGCAGUCUGUUCACGCUCGUCAGACAACUGGUCCGAACGCCCAGCCUCGCCAAGAUACUCGUGAUAUGGAACAAUCAGAAGAAACCUCCACCUCCCUCUUCCGAGUGGCCGGUCGUCAAUAAGCCGCUGAAAGUUAUAAGGACUAAGGAGAACAAACUGUCAAAUAGAUUCUUUCCGUACGAUGAGAUCGAUACAGAAUGCCAGUUGACGAUUGACGAUGAUAUUAUCAUGUUGACCCCUGAUGAACUUGAAUUUGGCUUCGAUGUCUGGCGCGAGUUCCCCGACCGCAUAGUGGGCUUCCCGUCCAGGCUUCACGUGUGGGAUAACACUACACACACAUGGAAAUAUCACAGCGAGUGGACCAAUCAGAUAUCUAUGGUACUAACUGGUGCGGCCUUCCACCACAAGCUGUGGUCCUGGUACUACACGUACAAGAUGCCGGAGGAGAUAAGGACGUGGGUCGACGAUAACUUCAACUGUGAGGAUAUCGCCAUGAACUUCCUGGUGGCCAAUAUCACUAGGAAACCACCGAUAAAGGUGACGCCGCGCAAGAAAUUCAAAUGUCCGGAGUGCACUAACACCGAAAUGUUAUCGGCGGACGCUCGCCACAUGUCCCAGCGCUCGGCGUGUAUAGACAGGUUCGCUACGGUGUACGGACACAUGGCCCUCAGGAGUCUGGAGUUCAGAGCUGACCCGUUACAGUACAAGGAGAGCGCAGGAGUACCUCACGCAUACCCCGAUAUAGGGGCGCUGUAGUUAUGGAUGGGAUAGCCGUGUAUCCGGAUGGGAUAGUUGUGUAUCUGGAUGAGAUAGUUGUGUAUCCGGAUGGGAUAGUUGUGUAUCUGGAUGGGAUAGUUGUGUAUCCGGUUGAUACAGUAAUAUAACUGAGUAAUAUAGAUGUAUAUCUGGUUGGUAUCUAUAUCGGAUAUAUCUGGACUGAAUAUGAAAACUGUAGAAGUUUUAGAGAUGUGGAUGUAGCGAGACGGAUUAAACUGAUUAUAUUGCGUUCUGAGCUGUGGCUGUUUAUCUGCAUAGGAAAUGAUGUCUUGGCUGUACAGGUUCAAAGUUCAUUUUAGCUACACUGCAUCAGAACUGAUCUCUUAGGAUUCUGGUAUUGGUAUAUCCAGAUAUAAAGGGAUACACAAGAUAUAUAAUAAUUUUAUUUCGCUUAAUGAUUAUAUUACUAUUUCUUAUGAGUUGUAUAAAACCAGCCAGCAAUAUUAUAAUAGGAUAUCAUUUAAAUAAUUUAACUUUACGGAACCAUUAUUUAAAACUUUUUCAAAGAAUUCACAAGUCUUUGUAUAAAUUUAAUAGUUUCCUUAUGAAAUGGCCUCAAAUAAUACUUAAAUAAUUUAUUUAUAUAACUGCGGUAUGCUCUACUAAGUCAUGCACACUCAGCAAGUCAGUUUGACCGACUGUUCUAUAGAUGACUAUAUACAAAAAAAAUUGUCCAUUUUUAUGUAAACAUGAAAAUCAUUAACUCAUUACCAACGAGACUUGAUGAUUUGAUGAAAAAAAUAACAUCGGCAGCUAUUGAGAGAAGUGAAGUUUUUUUGUAGGAGAAAUAAAAGGAAAUAUUAAUAAAAAUUAUGUAAAUAUUAAUUUAUGAACGACUUUAAUUUAGGAUCGGACAAUAAAUCACGUGUAGGGGGCUGUCUGAGGGUGACGUCCCUGUACCAGGGUAAGUAGGUUUAACUGCCAUUUAGAAUUAUUUUGACCAGAACGUAUAACCGAGUUAUAUUUUGACUUCAUUAUAUUAAUUUAAUUUUUAAUGUCAGAACAAAUGAGCUUAAACCCGAUUCGAAACGUCCAAGAUGAAACCUCCUUUGUGUUGUAAAAAUACUUAAUAUUUAUUAUCUGUGCUGUUUUAUGAUACUGAAUUAAAUAUUAUAAUUUUAUAUUUUGCUUCGAUGUUAAAGAAAUCUUUACGGGACCUUAUUUUAAUUUAUUCUUUGGGUUUAUAUAAAGAUAUUCAAGGAUUGAAUAGAAGAAAAGGAAAAGUUUGAAAUGAUGAAAGUUGUCGGAUUUCUGUUGACAUAAUUCUUUAUGAAGAAAAAAAACAAAGCAAGUAAUUACAUUACUAUAGACGCAAUAAAAAUAUAAAAUUUUCUUACUUCAUAUUCGAUUAUAAUAAUCAUUCCUUAAUAAUUUUACGACAAUAACUUCUUUUUAGUAACUAAGGCGUUUAAUUUUUUUUUUUGUACAUUUAAUAUUAGCUGACGGAAGCAUUUCUUUUAAUACUCAAAAUUGAUAAACCCUAUGCAUAUUGCAUAUAUUUGUCAAAUUUAAUUUUUAAGGUAUUAAUUUAUAUUAUUUGUAAAAUUUUUUUUAUCAACGAAUUCGGGCAGUGAUGACGCACGAGAAAAUCGUAUCGUAAUAUUAAAAGGUGUGGAAGUGACAUUGACAUUCCCAUAAUGAAAUGGCGGGAAAAAAUAUAUAGUUUUAGAUAGAAAUAUAGAAAUUAUAUUCUAAAGAUUAGAAAUAUAGUUAUAGAGAUGAAUUUUAGUCCAUUUUAACAUAUCGGUGCUUGUUAAGGUGUAUCCUAACAUGUUUGUAGACACGCUGACACGAUCGUAGUCGAACGGAGCGUUUUAAUAUUUUUUGUACGCUACAAUGGCCGGACGCCAUUUUGUAUUGUAAAGAACACGUUAUUUUAUUAGUGUAAAAUAUCGAUGUUCGUAUUUAUUAAGUGUUAAUGAUUUUUGUACGUUUUUUAUUGUAAUAUUCCUAAGUAUAGAAAUGCCAUUUUAAUCUGUUGAUCAUUUUGAUAUUUUUUUCUUUUUUUUUUUUAUGUACAUGUCUAAGGUAUUCGAUCAUCGCCAAAGAACUCGUCGACUAGUCUCGAAGAUAUUUAUAAUUUCAUUUUAAUUUCUAAAAUCAGGAGUUACCAGCACUAUAUCAAAUGGGCAGACUGAAUAUCGUUUUACUAUAAAUAAAUUAUAGUUGAUAGAUAGAGAAAUAACACACAUCAGUAGGAAUAUAUAUAUAUAUAUAAUUUAAUUUUUAUUUAUUUAGACCUCUAAUUUAUCUAUAAUGUCUAUGGUUUUUUUUAAUACUGUUCAAGUACAAUCGAAUUGAUUUUUUUUUUGUGCAUAAUAAUUUAUGACAACUGGAAUUAAAUAAAUAUUUUUUUUAUAUUAUGUUAAAUUGUAUUUUUGAUUGUGGCAAUAAUAAUAUUUGAUUUUCUAAUUUUAUAUAAAGAACGAGCUUCCCAUUUGUAUCAUGGAUUCCUUUAACGAUUGACGGCCUAAAUCAGUUUAAAUGUAUAGAAAAAUAUAAUGAUUCGUCUCAUACAUUUUAUGACUUCAUCUGCAUUUACUUAGAAGUGAUAUAGAUAAUAUCGAAUGUAACGAUUUAUUAUAAAUCGAUAAAAAAUAACAUCUAUAGCACUAAUAAAUGAUUCAGAAAUUAUUUAAUUAUUACUAUUUUCACAUAUUUAAUAUAGUGUCAGAUUAUUUUUUUUUUUAUAUUUAAAAUGAUUUAUUAACAAUUAUCAUGAAAACGUAAUUGUUGUUUUUUUUUUUUAAAUAUAUUUUGUACAUAUUUUUUUUUGUAUUUUAAGUACUUAAAUAAUUUAUUCG